AUGAAGGCUCAAGUCCAUUGCUCCAACGUUGAAAAGCCAGAAAACACAAGCCAGCUCUUGAGCCGUGCCGACGCGAUUUCAAUCAUCAACAGCUUAACGUCAAUCCAACGUCUUACCAACACCGAAGUGCAGGAGGCCCUUCAUGUCCCACGAAAAGAAUUCAUCCCUGAUGUUAUUACAAGUUCUAUAUCUGCUCGCAUUACCCUUAAAAGUCUACCGUUAGUCAUAUUGCCGAAAGGCUACCUUGGAACAGGAAAACGAAAAGCUGUAGAAGGCGACAAAGAGUACUACCAAAGAAAGGUCCCGCCAACUCGAGAGGAUUGUGGGACUGGGAUGGUUUUAGCGACGGCUUUACAAGCUGUAUCAUGGCCAUUUAUUCGCUUUUCUUACAUAGCUGCGAAAAUUUUCGAGCAUCACAAUGGUUGGGCGGGCGACCGUUUUCACCGCAUCCAGGUCUUCUUCGCUCCAACAGCCUCAUAUUUCGGCCUCCUAGGCAUCGCGAGAAUUUUCGUGCAUAAACGCACUACUUUCCCUCUUCUCUUUUGCUUACCACAAACACUCCGCCUACUCUACCCCCACAUCCUCUCAACCCCCGACUCUCUCGUGUAUCUACCCUCUUUACAGUGGUGUACGCAUUCAACUGCUUUUGGAGCAGCAUCCUCAUCAAUUACCCUUGUUCAAGACUCUUCUCUACCGGACUGGAUCCUAGCUCUGCCCAGCCCUAGGAUGCCCAAUAUCAAGGCUACCCCUAAGAAGGUCACUCUUGUGGAGUCAGCCACCGACAUUCAGAGGCUGUUCAUGGACAAAACUAGCAUGCGCUACAAACAAACUUUCCUAUCCACCAAACUAGAUAACCCGACGGUCAAGAAAGACUUCUACUCAGGCCCAGCCGUGCAAAUUGUGCUUCCCACCGCCACCGACCCGAAGACCUACGAGCAUUGGUCAACCUUCCUUCAGGCUCACAAUAUCUUGGAGCUCAUGAAAGACACCAAGAUUCGCAUCUGUGCUGCACUCAAGCUCAUGGGUAAAGAAGAAAUCGGCAACAUCGUCCCUAUUAUGGUGAAUGUUCUCCUCCGAGACGAGGCCGAAUAUGAGCGCGGAAUUACUCCCUGUAUCGACUACGUCCAAGCUUGUUCCAUGGAUAACAAGUUGAAGAUCGAAAUAGUGCAAUAUCUGUGGACUCAUGGGCUGGCCGCCACCGGCAUGUUCAAUGUUCUCAUUACGCAUAAAUACAAGAGCUAUAGUAUUUAUACGGAAGAAGAGAAGCAGCUCAUGAAAGGGGUCGAUAGUGUCGCUUACCGGCGUGUCGACCACGACAAGAUACUUUUCGAUGCCCACGCUCUCGAGAUCUGGAUGAAAGUGCAUCUCAACAACAAGCGACCACUACCCCCACUGGGGCUGGGUGGCUGCUGGACGUCCAAAGGGAUCUCCGGGCCUGCUGCUGUGGAGGAAAUACAAGAAUAG